GGUGAUGACUACUGUAUGUUGUAUGCAUGUGUUUACAGGAAGAAGAUUGUGGCAGAGAAAGGCCUGGCAUCUAUAGAGCACUACAUGACUGAGGAUCACGAGAUGUUAAGGAGGGCCGGCACAGAGUGUAUGUGUAACAUGGUGAUGAACGAACAGGUAGCAAAAACAUUUGAGGCUGAGAAUGAUCGUCUAAAGCUGAUAGUUUUGUACUGUGGAGAUGAGGAUGAAUUGGUUGUGAGGGCCGCAACAGGUGCCCUGGCCAUGUUGACACACAGUGAGAAGAUAUGCAGGAAAGUCUUAGAGGUAAAACCUUGGCAAGAGAUUUUACUGAGCACAGUAGUUAGCGAAAAUGUAGAAAUCCAGCACAGGGGCUGCUAUGUGCUGAGGAACAUGUUGUCCGUGGACAAGGAAAUGGCGGAGAAAGUGAUCGAGGGACAAAUGCUGGAAGUCUUAAUGGCCCUGUCAAUCCUAGAGGACCCCCAAAAGGAAGUGGUCAAAAAGUGUGCCGCUUCCUGUCUUGAGAUCUGUGUCAAAUACGAGCUCAUCAAACCCAAGGAAUGAGCCCCAAGAUCUAGCAUCAAUUUUUUAAAAAUACAUUGCAGUGCCAAAAUCUUAAAACACCAGUCAGUGUGCAAUAGAAAGUGAAGGAAUAAAGUCCCUUGUCAGCAAAACCACUGUGACUGUACUGUUGAUUGGAUGAUCCCUGCUUUACUACAAGUACAUGUACUACUUAUCGAAUGAGACGACUUAAGAUCGACUAGUUUUCAUUUCUUAUGAGACAAGGUUGACUGUCAUUAUCUUAGUUAACAUGUACCAAUGAUAUGGCUCUCUGUCGACAGGAACAAAUGUCAUUAAAGGUCCCAAACAGUUGUAGGUUCAGUUAAAUAGAAAAUGUGUUGUUGGCAAUGCCACUCUGACAUAAUCAAUACAUGUAUUAGUAAUACUGCUUCAUUUCAUGAUAUAUUUGUAUAUGCAAAGCAUUCAUACAUCAUUUCAUGUGUAUGCAAUCUAGCCCAUUUUACUACAUAUGCAUAUAUUGGAUUAAUGUUUCGUUUUCCAUUAUUUAUUUAUGUGUGAUUGUUAUUUUCUGUUUGGAGAUAGAAUUUUAGGAUUCACAACUUUUCUUUAUAAUUUAUUAUUGGUAUAGCAUGUACUUUACAGUUUUACAAAAUAAAGUGUGAUUAAACACGUG